AUGCCACUACCUUAUGCACAGCCCCAGGAUAUCAUACCACCACUUUAUGCACAGCCCCAGGAUAAAAUGUCACCACCUUAUGCACAGCCUCAGAAUAAAAUGCCACCACCUUAUGCACAGGCCCAGGAUAACAUGCCACCACCUUAUGCACAGCCCCAGGAUAACAUGCCACCACCUUAUGCACAGCCCAGGGAUAACAUGCCACCACCUUAUGCACAGCCCCAGUAUAACAUGCCACCACUUUAUGCACAUCCCCAGGACAGCAUGCCACCACUUUAUGCAAAGCCCCAGGAUAGCAUGCCACCACUUUAUGCAAAGCCCCAGGAUAACAUGCCACCACUUUAUGCAAAGCCCCAGGAUAGCAUGCCACCACCUUAUGCACAGCCCCAGGAUAACAUGCCACCACCUUAUGCACAGCCCCAGGAUAACAUGCCACCACCUUAUGCACAGCCCCAGGAUAACAUGCCACCACCUUAUGCACAGCCCAGGGAUAACAUGCCACCACCUUAUGCACAGCCCCAGUAUAACAUGCCACCACUUUAUGCACAUCCCCAGGAUAGCAUGCCACCACUUUAUGCACAUCCCCAGGAUAGCAUGCCACCACUUAAUGCAAAGCCCCAGGAUAACAUGCCACCACUUUAUGCAAAGCCCCAGUAUAGCAUGCCACCACCUUAUGCACAGCCCCAGGAUAACAUGCCACCACCUUAUGCACAGCCCGAGGAUAACAUGCCACCACCUUACGCACAGCCCUAG